UGGCGGCGCCCUCCUGACAGGAACUCUUCUCCGGGCCGAAGCGGCCGGGCGCCGUGCGGCUCCCAGCGGGCCUCCCGGGCACCCGGCCACCGCGCCGCCCCCUUCACGCCAUGGAGCCCGAGCUGGCGGCCCAGGAGCAGAGCCGGCCGCGGAGGCGAAGCCGCCGGGCCCCGGGACUCAGCGCGGGCGGCGCCGCAGAGCCUUCGGCCGACACCCCCGGGCCGGGGCCAGAUGACAGAUAUUCCCUUCAGAGAGGUAGCUCCUUCACAUUUUUAACACCUGGCCCCCAUUGGGACUUCACUUUGGAAAGUUACCUUGCAUAUCGUCUGGGACAGAUGCAUCUCACUUGGGAAAACACUUGUGUAGAGAAAAGAAAACGAAGAGCAAAAGAUGAUGAUGUCAUAAGCCUUAGCAGCCUUGAUCUGAAGGAGCCAAGCAAUAAAAGAGUUCGGCCUCUAGCUCGGGUCACAUCCUUGGCAAAUUUAAUUUCUCCUGUAAGAAAUGGAGCCGUCAGACGAUUUGGUCAAACCAUACAGUCAUUUACCCUUCGUGGUGACAACAGAUCCCCUGCUUCUGCCCAGAAGUUAUCCAGCAGAUCUACAGUUCCGGCGCCCGCCAAAAGGAGAAGCAGUGCCCUGUGGUCGGAGAUGUUAGACGUCAACAUGAAGCAGUCUUUAACCUCCAGAGAGAUCAAACGUCAGGAGGCAAUAUAUGAAAUGUCCCGAGGUGAACAGGAUUUAAUUGAGGAUCUCAAGCUUGCAAGAAAGGCCUACCAUGACCCCAUGUUAAAGUUGUCUAUUAUGUCAGAAGAGGAACUCACACAGAUAUUUGGUGAUUUGGACGCUUAUAUACCCCUGCAUGAAGAUUUGUUGGCAAGAAUAGGAGAAGCAACCAAGCCUGGUGGAACAGUAGAGCAGAUUGGUCACAUUCUUGUGAACUGGUUGCCAGGCUUGAAUGCCUACAAAGGCUACUGCAGUAACCAGCUGGCAGCCAAAGCUCUUCUUGAUCAAAAGAAACAGGAUCCAAGAGUCCAAGACUUCCUCCAGCGAUGUCUUGAGUCUCCCUUCAGUCGAAAACUAGAUCUUUGGAGCUUCCUAGAUAUUCCUCGAAGCCGCCUCGUUAAAUACCCUUUACUGUUGAAAGAAAUUCUUAGACACACUCCAAAAGACCACUCUGAUGUUCAGCUUCUGGAGGAAGCUAUAUUGAUAAUACAAGGAGUUCUCUCUGAUAUCAACUUGAAGAAAGGUGAAUCAGAAUGCCAGUAUUAUAUUGACAAGCUGGAGUAUCUGGAUGAAAAGCAGAAGGACCCUAGAAUUGAAGCUAGCAAAGUAUUGCUUUGCCAUGGGGAACUGAAAAAUAAAAAUGGACAUAAACUCUACAUUUUCCUGUUUCAAGACAUCUUGGUUUUGACUCGGCCUGUUACACGAAACGAGCGUCACUCCUACCAGGUUUACCGGCAGCCAAUCCCAAUCCAGGAGCUGGUCUUGGAAGACCUGCAGGAUGGAGAUGUGAGGAUGGGAGGGUCCUUUCGAGGGGCUUUCAGCAAUUCAGAUAAAGCUAAAAAUAUCUUUCGAGUUCGCUUCCAAGACCCCUCUCCAGGCCAGUCCCACACUCUACAAGCCAAUGAUGUGUUCCACAAGCAGCAGUGGUUCAAUUGUAUCCGAGCUGCCAUGGCCCCUUCCCGACAGGCCACCAGCCCCUCCGAGCUGCAGGGCUUGCCGGAGCCCCACGAGGAGUACGGAGAGAACUGCCCCCCUGCCAGCAAUGCCAGGGCCCAGAGACGGGCGUCCACGGCAUCCAGCGUGACUCAGGUGGAAGUUGAUGGAGACGCUUCCGAAAGUGGCACCCCGGUGCACACAGCAGACAAUGCUAAGGGCACAAAAGCGCCCCGAGCCCAGGCUGGCCUCCGAAAAGCCAGGGACAAAGCCCAGGUCGGUGGCAAGCGGAAAGAGACACUGGUGUAAAGGAAGCUCUGUGGUAACCGGGGGAGAGACUUUAUUUAUAACUGUGUACAGUUGUUCUUUCUUGUAAUGUGAGUAUGGGAGCGUUGCAGGGUUACUUAAUACCAGUCUUCACAUUUUCUGUGUUUUUGGUUGGGUUUUGGUGGUGGUUUUUUAUUUUUUAAUUUUUUUUAAUGGCAGCUAAAGAUAUAUAUGCAGAUUACUGUUAAACUGCAGUGUUUUUUUUUUUUCCUCAGAUCAUCUAGAACAUGUAAGUCUGGUAUUUUUAAUCAAAUGAAAUACUUAUGAAAUGGGUUUUCUCUUCA